CGGCCUGAGGGGCUCCUGUUACCACCAUGCCCAUGAAGGGCCGCUUCCCCAUCCGCCGCACACUGCAGUACCUGGGCCGGGGCGAUGUUGUAUUCAAGGACGCGGUGAAGGUCAUGACCGUGAACUACAACACGCACGGGGAGCUGGGCGAGGGCGCCAGGAAAUUCGUUUUUUUCAACAUCCCUCAGAUCCAGUACAAGAAUCCUUGGGUGCAGAUCAUGCUGUUUAAGAACAUGACGCCAUCGCCCUUCCUGCGGUUCUAUCUAGAUUCUGGGGAGCAGGUCCUAGUGGAUGUGGAGACCAAGAGUAAUAAGGAGAUCAUGGAGCACAUCAGGAGAAUCUUGGGGAAGAAUGAGAAAACUCUCAGGGAGGAGGAACUGGAGAAGCAGCAGCGCUCUCAUCCAGCCAACUUUGGCCCUCGGAAAUACUGCCUGCGGGAAUGCAUGUGCGAAGUGGAAGGGCAGGUGCCCUGCCCUGCCCUGGUGCCCUUACCCAAGGAGAUGACAGGGAAGUACAAAGCUUCUCUGACAGCUCAGGACUAAGCAAGGUCACUGGGCUGGACUGAUAAUGGAGACGGGUUACAUUGGCACCACAGAUGAUGGAGAUCUCUCUGCCAUGUAAAGGCCGGCUCACACACCUUUGUAAAGGACAUGGGGAGAGGGCCAGGGUUGCCAGCUGCUGAACAGAUGCCAAUAAAAGAUUUAGUAUAACAUGCA